UAUAUAGAGGCGCUCUAUUCAAUGUGGGAGUUAGAAGAACGGGGUGUAAAUAAUGAAUAUCUCAGAUCCUUUGUUGUUAGUCAGCCAGGUGAUAUCAAGUUUGGAGGGCCAAAAUGUGACAUAAGUAUAGUUAACAAUGUGCACAGUGAGAUAGCUGUAAUUUCUGUUACCGAUAUGAAUGGCUUGUGCUUCAGUUUGUCGGAAAACUUCCCUGGACAAACUGUCGUCAAUGGUGCAUCACUUUCUGGAGGUUGGCAAGCCAUUCGUUCAGGAGAUGUAAUGCAGUUCGUUUCUGCUCGGCAUAAAAAGUUCAUUUUAAAGUUCACACAACUUAAUAUUGCAUUUUCCUCAAUGGAAAAGCAGGUAAAGAAAAAAGCAAAAGCAGACGCUGCCCUUCUCCAUGCUAAUAUUUUAAGUGAAUGGUCGAGGAAGUGUAACCUACUUGUUAUGCAGUUUCUAGUUGUUACUUCAAAGGUCGUAUGUGCAUUGCUCUGCUGUGUUCCAAUUGUUACCCCAAGCUACCUGGAAGAAAUUAAAAGGAUUCGUAUGCUCACACUCGCAGCAAAACCUGACCCACGUAACUUCUUGCCCCACAUGAAAGAAGAAAAGCUGAUGAGCAGUGAUGCUCCGAAGUUUUUUCCAAAUGAUUUACGUCGUAACUUAUUCCAUGGGAAAACAUUCUUCGUUCUUAAUCAAGAAAAGUACGACCGUCUGCUGGAAAUAAUCAAUCUUGGAAGUGGAAAGCUAUAUCUGCUUGAUUCGUAUGAUUCCCUUCUCACUGUGCUCUCUGAAAGUGACAUGUGCACUUCUGGAAGUUCUUCUGGAGAAGAUAUUCUGCGUGAUGUCUUAUCGAAACCGGGAUUUUGUGUCGUUCAUUUGCAUCCCACCUCAGUAACUGAAUUAUGGCAACGCAAGAUUUAUUCCGUUCUGCGAAGUUUAAACCAAAGACCGAUUUUGGAAUCAGAGUUGGGUUUCGCCGUUGUGCAUUGUUCCACAAAGUUGUAUUGCAACCCAAAUAAGCGUUGUCCUGAUGGAUUAUACCAUGAAAUUAAUGUAUCGGAAGCUUUUUCAGUGAACCCAUUUCAAAUAGACUCGGAAAUCAUUCCGUCAGAACUUAGUGAAUCGCAUACUACAAUGAAUAGCCUCAAGAUGUCUACUUCGUCUUGCAGAAAUUUUCCUUUGAAACCAAAAAACAAUGAGUGGAAUAAUGGGCAAGAACGGUUACCUUCUGUAGCAACAAGACCUCAUAAGAAUUUAUGUGAAACUGCUGUCUCUAAAAUAGUUCCUGCAAGAACUGACCUGUUUCAGAAUAUCAGCCCUCAGUGUAUUCUGAAGAGGAUUUGUUGAGCAAAUUAAACAGUAUGCCUUCACUCCUUCAGUUAGCAAUGAAAAAAAGUGCGCUAUCAGAGUCAAAAGAGAAGGACAAAGACAGUGCAGUGCAGCCUUUCUCGUCUCCGGUUGCUGAUGGUUUCGAUCAUAUCGAAUCAAAUCUCUCUCAAAAUGACUUAUCCAUAUUAAAUAAGGACUCUACUUUAGCUGUCCCCACAGAACCGAAUUCGUGUGAUAUGAGCCAUACUAAAGUGAAUGGUAAUCCUUUAUUACCAUCAACUGGUGAAAGAUUGGUGCCAGAAGGUUGGCUUCGGAAACGUGCAAAUGAUGGUGCUGAUCCAGUAAGCUUUUUGAAAAUUUCAUUUCUCAAGUGGUUACCUUUGUAAAAUAUAGUAUGUUCUUGUAUCGUAACGUAUUAGUGUAACUUAAUGACACUGAACCACUCACAGUAAUGCAUCGGUACCAGCUAUUAUUUUUCUCAGUAACUUGCCUGAAGUGAUGAAGAUUUGGAAUCAGGUGUAAAAGGACGUUGGAAGAGAUAAACUAAAAGUAAUUCAUAUUUAUCAUGUCGCACAAAAUAUACAUCCUUCGACUUAUAUCACCUCAUGAACCGUGUUAUCGAAGUUCACAUAUAUGGCUCAUGGCUGAUAUAAAUAGUCAGUAUCCUAAGUGUUAGUUCUGUUUAGGUAUCUAAUUUGGUAGUCAGCAUUGUCGUGAGAUGUGAAGAGUCAUCUUCUGGAAGAUGUUUACAGUAAGGUGGGGUAGAAUGGGGCUUAUGUUUUGCUACUGAAUCGAACAAGUGAUCAAUUCCCACUGUUAUGUUCUUAUCAGCAGGAAAUGAGAAUUUUGUACAUUGUCUAUCCAGAAAAUUAACACGUCUAAAUAUUGAAGGAACUUCACUUUCUGAGGUGUGUAUUUUCAGAAAUGGAUACCGCGGAGUACUUUGAUAAAUACCUAAAUCAUGGAGAAUAUUUAUGGCUCAGGUGGAUGGUCUUGGUUGUAUUGUGUUCUCUCAGCUCAGAGAAAUACCUUGAUCAAAUAACCGUUUAUCAGAAAUCAGCCAUCGAGGAGAAAGGAAACUGCUUUUGUAUUUGAAAUGCAACUUAAAUGCCUCACAUUAGCUCCGUAUAAAAAUUACCAGAAGACCAUUGUUUGCCGCAUCACGGUGAAUCACUCCUACAACCCCCCCCUACAGCUUUGGAAAACCGUGACUAUUGGUCGAAUAUCAGUUCACCUGAUGCUGUGAAGGAGGUUGUACCUAGAAACAGAUUGUUCAGUUUUAGCGCCUAUGAGUGACGUGGCUCAAUGAAGAUGAGUGCAGAUUCUUGUUAUUAGUUGGCGACGUAAUGAUGAUUCGUUUGUGAACACCUCUGAGACCAAUCAGAUUAAGUAAUGCAGCGUUUCUCCAAAUGUUUAACACCCUGCUGUCGUGUAUUUACUAAUUCUAUCGUCUUCUAUCUAAAAUUUAGUUUUAUUGUUUCAUUUUUAGUACUAAUUUUCGAAUAGUAGUCGGUAUGUGGUUACGAGGAAGAUCCUUCUGUACUUGGAACUCCAAAAAAUCAUCAAAACAGCUUCACAUGUCUUUCUGAAUUCUCCUUUUACAGAGCUGAUGUUCAGUAAAUCAAAGCACUACAUGAAUUGUGACAACGUUUCAGUUGUCCAUUAUUAAAUGCCAGCCUAAAAUGGACGUUGAUAUGAAUCAUGCUAUAAUUAAAGUU